UUUAACAUCGGUGCAGAGUAAGAACCACGAAUUUAAUUUGUUAAUUAAUUUGUCAAUGAUCUGGCAAGAAACGACAACAAAUCAUCUGCAGAAAACAUAAAACGUAAACAUAACGUGCGGCGGGUUCACACACAAGAAAAACAAACCGCAAGAAAAUAUUAAGAUCUUACGCUAAAGUCGUAAUAAAAGUAUCGGAAAUGGUGUUGUGUGGCAAAUAAGCAGAAAAAUAAGAUAAUAAAUAAAUACCAAUCGUGUAAAAGCAUAGAUAUAUAGCAAUCUUUGCUUCAAAAAAACCCAAAAAAUUCCAACUUCCUGAAAGAGUUAUAAAAACACAAUAGUCAUCAUAUCAGUUGUUGGUCGGUUAGUUCGGGGCGAAAAAAAAAAAAGAAUAACGAAAAGAAGCAACCAAGAUAUAAUCGUUGUAAGUGUCUGUGUUAAAAAAAUAAGUGAUUUCUUUUGAAACGUAAUUAAGGGUGAAAAUUUUCUAUAGAUCUUCAGUGUUUCAAAGAUAACCAACAAAAUGACUUCAACUAAACGUUCAUUCGAUUUUGAUGAUGCCAUCGAUGAGGAUUCUGGAUCUGAUUUUGAUGAAGAUGAAGAUCCAGAUAAAAUAGAAGUUCCAGGUGGCGGAAGAGAUUUACAAACCGCUGUUACAUACGCCAAGAACAGUACAAUUAAAAAACAAGGCCACCUCAAUAAUAAUUCCCUAUUAAUUUCAAAUCAAACGGGAGGAGCAACAUCUGCAUUUAAUAGAAACCACACUAUGCCGAAAAAGAUACAAAGUUCACCCUCGGUCGGUAUGCCCACAAGUAGUUCAAAUGCUGGCGGAAAUCCCGAAUCGGCAGGUGGUAUGCCAUCAUUUAAUACCUCACAAUUAAUGGGCAUGGCUGCUUUAGCUGCAGCCAUGUUCAAUGCAACCAGUGAAACCAAAUCCCCUACAAAUUCUGGAAACAUGAACUUAAAUAUAGGAGCUAUUGGUGGUAUGGGAAGCAUGAGUGGAGGCCUUCAAGCUUCAACAUCAGCCACUGCUGCUUCAAGACAAAACUCUACAGCAACCUCUAUUAGUUAUCAGGCAAAUUCUGGUCUUAAUAAAGCCGCCUCUUUGUUGGCGCAGAUGACCAUGGGUUUGGGUAACUUUGAACCGGCACCUGCCCCUGUCGCCUCAACAGCAAACAAUACCGGCCUUUCAUCACAAUCCAAAAUGAAUGCCAUAGUUUUGCAAAAGAUUCAAGCUUUAGUCGCGGCAAAUCCACAAUUCCUAACAAGUGGUAUACCAAAUCAAUUAUUGCAACAGUUGCUAAUGCAGCCCAUGAAGACUAUUCAAAAGCAGGUUACCAAUACCCCAACAACUGUAGUACAACACGAAGAAGAUGAGGCGGAUUAUGAGGAAAUGGGGGUGGCAGAAACCUAUGCGGAAUAUUGGCCAGCAAAGUUAAAACUGGGCAAGAAACAUCCUGAUCCCGUGGUGGAGACUGCCUCCCUGUCUUCGGUAGAACCCUGUGAUGUUUACUACAAACUUUCCAUACCUCUCGAUACCAUACAAAGUGGCCAAUUAAGUGCUUUGCAAUUGGAAUCCAUAACCUAUGCUUCUCAGGCGCAUGAUCAUCUUUUACCCGAUGGCAGUCGUGCUGGUUUUCUCAUUGGUGAUGGUGCUGGUGUGGGCAAAGGUCGUACAAUUGCUGGUAUUAUCUAUGAAAACUAUAUGAAGGGGCGUAAAAAGGCUUUAUGGAUAUCAGUAUCGAAUGAUUUGAAAUAUGAUGCCGAAAGGGAUUUAAAUGAUAUUGGAGCGGCUAAAAUUGAGGUGUAUGCUUUGAAUAAGUUUAAAUAUGCCAAAAUCAAUUCCGAGGUUAACAACAAUGUAAAGAAAGGUGUCAUCUUUAGCACCUACUCCGCAUUAAUCGGUGAAUCGAAUAACAAGACUGGUAAAUAUAAAUCAAGACUUAAACAAUUACUUCAAUGGUGCGGCGAGGAUUUCGAUGGCCUGAUAAUUUUCGAUGAGUGUCACAAGGCCAAAAAUUUGUGUCCCGUGGGUUCAGGAAAGCCUACAAAAACCGGUCAAACCGUAUUGGAAUUGCAGAAUAAAUUACCCAGAGCUCGUGUAGUAUAUGCUUCGGCAACUGGUGCUUCAGAACCCAAAAACAUGGCGUAUAUGGUGCGUUUAGGUUUAUGGGGUCAGGGUACGGCUUUUCCCACAUUUAAUGAUUUCAUAGCGGCUGUUGAGAAAAGAGGUGUUGGAGCCAUGGAAAUUGUGGCCAUGGACAUGAAAUUGCGAGGCAUGUAUAUAGCUCGCCAGCUAAGUUUUCAUGGAGUAACUUUCAAAAUCGAAGAAGUAACUUUGUCCAAAGAUUUUCGCCGCAUCUAUGAUGAGUCGGUACAAUUGUGGGUAGAAGCCAUGCACAAAUUCAUUGAGGCUGCUGAUCUAAUCGAUGCCGAGAGUCGCAUGAAAAAAACCAUGUGGGGUCAAUUUUGGUCGUCACAUCAACGUUUUUUCAAAUAUUUGUGUAUAGCUGCCAAAGUUAAUCAUGUCGUGCACAUAGCUCGAGAAGCCAUUAAAUAUGGCAAAUGUGUAGUCAUAGGUCUACAAUCGACGGGUGAAGCACGUACUCUGGAACAACUGGAACGAGAAGAUGGAGAACUUACAGAUUUUGUAUCAACAGCAAAGGGCGUUUUUCAAUCUCUAGUCGAAAAGCAUUUUCCAGCUCCCGAUCGCAACCGCAUUAAUCGCAUAUUAGGUCUCUCUGAACCAGAGAAUCACAAAUCCACCAUACAAUCAAUUAUUGCCGAAGUUAAGGCAGCCAAUAGAUAUAAAGAUGAUCCCUCCUCUUCGUCCACCAAUAACAGUAGCAACAAACGAAAAUCUUCACGUUCUGAGAUGCGCAACAAUAAGAAAUCGCGCAAUGAUUCUUGGAAUGAUUCCGAUGAUGAUGAUAAGGAUUCCGAUAAUGAAUCCAAUAAUGAUUCAGAUUUUAAAAAUUCCGAAUCAGAAGAAUCGGAUGCCGGCAAUCGUAGUGACAGCUACGAAUCAUCCGAUUUUAAUCCAUUUGGGGCAAGUGGCUCAGACUCAGAUACUGAUCCUUGGUUGGCCCGUGCCAAAAAGAAGAAGAAAAAGAAGACGAAAACCAAGGACGCAUCCUCCGCAACAGCAGCUACAUCAUUGGGACAAGGCUCCAUGAAUAACAACAACAAUAGCAGUAAUUUCUUAACGCUGAGUAAUGUUUCACCACCGAAAAAGAAGGCUCCCGUCUCUACACAAGACAAAAUUCAAGAUUUACUACAGAAGAAACAAGAACUCAAGGGAACAGUGACACCCAUAGGAGUGCACGGGGUCAAAAUGAAUUAUGGUCCACCGCCCAAGGAUGCCAUUGAGAGAGCCUGCUCCAUGAAAGAGGAACUUUUGCGUAAAAUCGAAUUACUGGGCGAACGUUUGCCACCCAACACUUUGGAUCAGCUAAUCGAUGAACUUGGCGGGCCGGACAAUGUAGCCGAAAUGACAGGCCGCAAAGGACGUGUGGUCCAAUCCGAUGAUGGUUCUAUACAGUACGAAUCAAGAUCGGAACAAGAUGUUCCUCUGGAAACCUUAAACAUUACCGAAAAACAGCGCUUUAUGGAUGGCACCAAAGAUGUGGCCAUUAUCUCGGAGGCCGCCUCAAGUGGUAUUUCGCUGCAAAGUGAUCGUCGUGUGCGCAAUCAGAGACGACGUGUCCAUAUCACCCUCGAAUUGCCGUGGUCUGCAGAUCGCGCCAUCCAACAGUUCGGUCGUACACAUCGUUCCAAUCAAGUCAAUGCACCCGAAUACAUAUUCCUCAUCUCCGAUUUGGCGGGUGAACGACGUUUCGCCUCCACCGUGGCCAAGCGUUUAGAAUCAUUGGGUGCCUUAACGCAUGGCGAUCGUAGAGCUACUGAGACGCGCGACUUGUCGCAAUUCAAUAUUGACAACAAAUAUGGCCGUACGGCUUUAGAAACUGUGAUGAAAGCUAUCAUGGGCUAUGAACAGCCCUUGGUGCCACCACCCACCGAUUAUCACGGCGAAUUCUUUAAGGAUAUUGCCAAUGCCCUGCUAGGUGUGGGUAUUAUAGUUAAUAGUGAAACCACACCGGGUUUGUUGAGCUUGGACAAAGACUACAAUAAUAUAUCGAAAUUUUUGAAUAGAAUUUUGGGUAUGCCAGUAGAUUUGCAAAAUCGUCUAUUCAAAUAUUUCACUGAUACCCUGGCGGCCAUUAUCAAUCAGGCUCGCAAGGGAGGACGUUUUGAUUUGGGUAUUUUAGAUUUGGGAGCGGCUGGCGAGAAUGUAACUCGAGUCAAACUGGUGCGAUUUAUACGUAAACAUGCCACUGGCAAAGCUCCCGCCGAAUUACAUACUGUGCGUGUGGAGCGAGGCAUGAUAUGGCAAGAGGCUAUUGAGAAAUAUGCCGACUUAAUUUCUGAAAAUGAAGGCUUUUAUCUUUCACAUCAGGUGCGAAAUAACAAACGUACUGCUAUUUUGGCUGUCGAAUUGGAAAAUCAACCUCAAAAUGCUUUGCAAAGCGGCAAGAAGAAGGAUGGUAAGCCCAGUAAAAAAGAGAUCAUGUUCCAGAUUUACCGUCCCAAUACCGGUCUUCAAGUACGUCAUGAGUCGUUAGCUGAAAUCGAAAAGAAAUACAAAAAAGUAACCAUGUCAGAUGCCGAAAAGCAUUGGACCGAACAAUAUGAUGCUUCGGUUAAUACCUGCUCACAUGCUUAUUGGAAUGGUAAUUGCCGUAAUGUCAGCGUGGGUGCAGAAUGUGAGGUUGGUCUACGACAACGUUUGUAUAGCGUUUUGGCUGGCUCUGUUCUAUCGGUGUGGUCGCGAGUGGAACAAAUCUUGGCCAUGCGUAAUGCCAAUAAUAAGAUGCAAGUUAUACGCAUGAAAACCACAGAAGGUGAAAAAAUUGUAGGCACUCUCAUACCGAAAUCAUGUCAUGAUCUAUUAGUACAGGAUCUUAAGUCUGAUGCCGAAAGGGUGGAAGAAGUCAACUUCUAAAAAUACAAAAGCAAACUUUUAAGUUACCCUAAACUAACCAAGGUUACUUUUUAUAAAAAGUACCAUACAACUGGUUAAGAAACACACAUAUUUUAUUUUUCAUAAUUCUUAUUAAGAAUAUUUUUUGAAAAAUAUUCUAAAAUAACAACAAAUAAACACUUGAGUUGUAGUAUUAAAUAGCUACAACUGUGAAAGAAAAAGAAAACCAACAAACCAAAACGACGCUUAAUUUAUGGACUUUAUUUUUCAUUUAAGUUUAUUUCCUUUUUUACAUAAUUGAUAAAUAAAAACAAAAAUAUUAUUCUUAAAUAUUACAAAAACAGAAACAAACAAUCCAAAAUAAUAAAAACAAAACACAGAAAAAUUUAAAUGAAACCAUAUACGACUUUUAUAAUUAUAAACUAAACUAUACAAAAAUUAAUUAUAAUUAAUAUUUAAUUAUAAUAACAAUAAUGCUUAAUGAUUAUACAAAAAAAAAGAAAACCACAUUUGAGAAAUUAUCAUAACUAUAGUCAAUAACUCUUAAACAAACCGGAACACACACACACACACACAAAUUUUAAAUUAUAAACCUCAAAAAACAAAUACAAGACAUCUUAAAUGGAUAUAAUAUGGUUAACCCAAAAUAGCAUACAUGGGCGGAAAGUGAUUGUAACGACAAAGAAUUCCCUCAAAAAAAAAAAAAAACUCUUGCUGUAUAGUUUCCCUUAUUAAUUUAAACAGGAAAUGUUUAUUUUUCUUCUACAUUUCAGUUUAAUUUCUUGUUUCUUGCUUAAUCAGCUAUAGGACUUUAGUUAUUAUUUUUGAUAUUCUAACAACAAAUUCAAUUACAAUUGAAAUUAAUCCAAUUAAUUCCAAAAAAAAACUCUUAACAUUAUCAUAAUGUUGAUAUUGAAUUAAAUUUAUAAUUUAUUGGGAGAAAACAAAAACAAAAUUUUAUUUCGUUAUCGUUUCCAUGUUUUUCAAAAACAAAAAUAUAGAAAACUGAAAAUUUGAUUUUGACUUUUUUUUUGUACACCAAACAGAGCAAACUCAGUAAAAACACAAAUUAAGUUUCGUUAUUUUAUUUUCUUUACGGAGAUCAUAGUUUAUUUAUUAUUCUUAAUGCUAUUCUUACUAUUAUUUUAAAUAUUCAUUUUACAAAAUUAUUUUCUAAAACCUAAUUUUUAAGAAAAUUUCUAGUUUGUAUGUAGUUUCGUAGAAAUGAAAACCAACAACAAAAACAAAAAAAAAUGGAAAAAAUCCAAAAAAAAAAAUAAAUAAAAUUCUAUUUUAUGUUUGAUGUAUAUGUACAUUAAUGAGAACUACAAACAGCAACAAACAAAAAUAAAUGAAUGAAUAUUGAAAUAAAAAUUGAAAAAUUCUAAAAUACAAA